CUCCAGUUGCUUUGGCACAUCUUGCUGUGGACUUCGAGAUGACAAAGUCAAUGCUCCUCCUUGGCUUUCUUCUUGCCUUCCUUGGUCUGGCUCUGCCAGGCACCCAGGGAAGAAAAAUUCCCAGAUGUGAGAUGGUGAAGAUCCUGCGUCGGAAUGGCUUUGAGGGCUUCGUGGGCAAAACUGUUGCUGACUGGAUGUGCCUGGUGAAACAUGAGAGUGAUUAUAACACGAGAGCGUACCAUGACAAUGGUCCAAGCAGGGACUACGGCAUCUUUCAGAUCAACAGCAAGUACUGGUGCAAUGACGGCAGGACUGCUGGAGCCACGAAUGGCUGUCACGUCAGCUGCUCAAAAUUGCAAGAUGAUAAUAUUGAGGAUGAUAUUCGGUGUGCCAAGAAGAUUGCUCAGGAGGCUCGUGGCCUCACUCCCUGGUACGGCUGGAAAAACAAUUGCCGGGGCAGAGACCUGAGUUCCUAUGUCAGGGGUUGCUAAAUGGCUGCACAGAUGUUGAUCGUUUCCUCAGGAUCGCUGGAGGUGAAGAAUGAUAGCGUCGGGAGAGGAAGCCAAGGAAAGGGAUGGGUGUGGGGAAUUAAAAGCAGUGUAUUAUUAAUGCAGAGUGGGUACUGGCUGCUGCUGACUCUGGAGGCCUGCACACUGCUGCAAUGCAAACAGAGAAUUUACGGCUCAUAGCUUAAUAAAAACAAGGGCACUUGUUUUUAGCAACAGUGGAGUUUCAGCCUUGAUUUACUUGCAUAAUCCUGACUCAUGAUUUUGUUGCCCUGACUAACAGGGCUUAGUGACAUUUAGGGUUUCUUUCUCUUUUUCCAUCUUUCUCUG